ACAGAAGGGCGGUUCAAAUUCCUAGAUUUCCUUGGAAGGCUUGGAGCAAGGGAACGGCGGAGGAGGGCGAGCCGGAGCGAGCUUGGCCAUGGCGGCUUUGAGAGGCGCAUGGCGUCCCUUGAGCAAUGGACGCGUUCUUUUCGGGAAGCCUAACAGUAACGGUAGAGCUCCUCUACUUCUUCCUUCCCAGCUCGUCUCCUUCAGAGGAAUUGCCUCCAAGCUCUUCGUCGGAGGUAUUUCAUUCUACACAACAGAGGAAGCCUUAUCCGAAGCAUUUUCACAAUAUGGCCAAGUGAUUGAAGCCAAAAUAAUCAUGGACAGAGCCUCUGAGAGAUCAAAAGGAUUUGGAUUUGUAACAUUUGCCUCAGAAGAUGAAGCUAAAACGGCCCGCACAGAAAUGAAUGGCAAGGUUUUAAACGGGCGGGUUAUCUUUGUUGACAAUGCAAAAGCCAAGCUACGUUUCAAUGACCCUCUUCCUGUUGCAAGAGGACCACCUGAACCAUCUGGAAAUAAAUAAUAUUAUUCAUUCCUGCUACUUGCUCACUGUAAAACUGAAAGAUCUUGUCUGCUGAAGACUGAGUCAAGAGUUCUCAAUGAUGUUUGCAACCAAAAUUUCUUUUCAUUAGAUUUAAAAGAUUCCGGAAUAAAUAAAUUAACUAAUUUGCCUCAA